AUGCAAACAACACUUGCCGCAAGCCUUACCGGUCUCAAUUCUACACUCCAAGCCCUUAUUUCCCACAUGGAACCCCCCUCAAACUCUACCUCUACCUGUACCAUUCAACCCUCAAGCUCAAGUGCCUCACUCUCUCAACCUCUACCCAACCCCAAGGGUGGCAUCAAUGCCAUUACCUUGAGGUCCGGCACCAAAUUACAAGAGAGGAGUCAUGAAGAGCCAAGUCCAAUAGAGGUUGAGGAUGUGGUUUUGAUAGAAGAAGUUGAAAAGGAGGAUGAAGCCCAAGAGGUAGUCGAAGAAGUGAUUGCUCAACCAAGGGGUGGAAUACCUAAGGAUGGGGAUGUCUUGCAAUAUGCUACUCUAAUCCCAUUUCCCACAUUGGUAAGGAAGACCAAGAAGCGAGUUGAGUUGGACCCCAAAAUGGUGGAGAUGUUCAAGAAAGUUGAGGACCUAUGCAUGAACAAGGAGAAGCUUAAUGAUUUAGAAACUAUUCCAUUGGGAAGCUCAAUCUCUACUUUAAUGGAUGAUGUGCCGGAGAAGUGUGGCGACCCCGGCCCUUGCCUAGUAACUUGCACCAUAGAUGGAGUCGAAUUUGUUGAUUGUAUGUACGAUCUUGGCGCGUGUGUGAGUAUUAUGCCCUUAUCCAUUUAUGAGGUCUUGAAGCUUCCGCCGUUGAAACGGUCGGCCGCCCGAUUUGUUUUGGCAGACAAAAGCAUAAUUUCUGUAGUUGGUAUCGCGGAGGAUGUUCUAGUGAGUAUAAAGGGGUUGGUCUUACCGAUUGAUUUUCAUAUUCUCAAAAUGCCCCCUAGUGAUUCCGGGAGGACCUCAUCUAUCUUGCUUGGGAGGCCCUUCUUGAAAACCUCCCGGUUCAAACUAGAUGCGUUUUCAGGUACCUACUCGUUUGAGAUCGAUGGAAGAGAAGUGAGCUUUAAUCUUGACGAAGCCAUGAGACAUCCACCGGAGGAUCACUCUAUUUUCCGGUGUGAUUCGAUUGAUAAUGUUGUGGUCCAAGUUCAAUAA